AAAAUUCUCAAGUCAGACAUAGAAAAUAUUUGAUAAUUUACCAUAAUAAUAGCUCGAAAAUGCCAUUGAAAAUAUUAUUUCUGCUUGUUGUGGUAUUGCAUUCUCACUGUUUUUUGUUGCACACAAGACUUCACUUGAAAAAGGGAGGAAAUUGUUCCUUCAGCAACACUUUGUCCCAUGGCUGGAAGUUAUGAGCUUUCAUGCUCCACCUAUCUGUUUUUCAUCACCGUGUCAAAAAGUACUGCAGCUGUUUCUCCAUUCUUACAAUCUUAAUAGUAGAAUUUUUAGUGGAGUUCUGUAUUAACAAUUUAUUUCCAGUUGCUCUUGUCAUUACAUGAAAAACUAACAUCUGUUAAACCUUGACAUCUAGGACUAUGAUGAAAUUUUUCAUUUAUCCUGUUACCAUUGAGCUUUGUUUGUUUUUUUAUUAUUAUUAUUUCUCUGAAGUAGUAACCAUACCUCACAAUUUGUAAAGCGACAGAGUUGUAAGUGAUUAUGUUAUGAAGUUUGGAAAUUAACUGCAGAGAAAAGUAGUAUCUGGAAUUUGUUUGAACUUGUCAUAUGUGUCAGCCACAUGGCCCUCUCAAAGUGUGCAAUAGAUAAUUCUAUGAACUACAAGAACUUUGUCUUUUUUUAUGUUUUACAGUAUAGUGUACAUAGAUGUAAUUGAGCAGUGGCUAAGAAACAAAUUGGUGUCUAAAUGGUGAUGAAGUAGUUGUAGGUGACGUUGCUGAAAAUCAAUUAUUUGUUGUACAAGAUGCAGCUUAUGGGUUCCACUGGAACAAUCAGCAUGCAUCAGUACAUCCAUUUGUGUGCUAUUUAAAAAAUCUAACUGCAACUGGAGAAGUGGUUUAUCUUGGUGACUGUCAUAUAUACAUUUUGGAGAGCUGAAGUUCAUGUCCAAAAUAAACUGUGAAAAAAAAUCUUAUAUGGCAGCAUCUCAUUACACAAACAGAAAAAACUUCAUAGAUCUGUGUUCACAUGAAACUGUUUUUGGGAUAGAAGCAGAAUGGCGUUUCUUUACCACCUCACAUGUGAAGGUGUUGGCAGUAACAUCAAAUGCCUGGUACCACAUGCAAGUUUAUGAAAAUCACAGGGUAAUCAAAUACUGAUACCCUUAGAUAUUUAUUCAUGUGCAGAGAAGUAGAAUAUACCAGAGUCAAUCUACAGUCUCGAUUAGAUGUAGUGUAACCUGUACUAGGCAUCAACAGUUAUCAUGCAUUUAUUCCAAUUGCUGAGACUGCUUUGGUGGUGAAAAUACACUAUCAGACUCUAAGUGGACAAACCAUGAAUGUUUCAACACUCAAAUAGUUCCAGAACAUUCUGUUCUGUACGGUUAGUGCUUAUGUUACUACAUUCUGUGACAAUCACUGGUAGCUAGGAUAUGUAAUGGAAACAUUUUAAUAAAUUUGAAAAAUCCACAUGGACCAGAAGCAUCUUUUACGUGUGUUCCAUGUUCAGCUACCUGAAGUAACUCUUCCAGUGAACCAUGGAUUGCAUUUUCUCUCUUCUAUGUCUGAAACUGUAAGAAUCUUGGCAAAAAGCAGUAGUUCAUCACAGCUGCUAAAGUGAUUUCAAUUUUCAUGACAUGUAAACAAAAUAUAUAAAUUUCAUAAUACAUGUAACCUAACUCAAACAACCGACAGCUAAACUUGCAUUUUAGUCAUGUGGUUCACAAAAGAUGUUUACCCCUGGGGGGACAUGGAAUCAAACAGACAACUGAAAAAAUCAUUUACAUUUAUUAAACACAAUUAUGCUUUGAGCUUCAAAUCACUUAAAUGUACAUUUUAUUAUACUUGCACUUAUACAUUUUCUCUCAUUUGAACCUUAAUUAAUGCAAAAUUAUUUUUUAUAUAAGUGACCACUGCUCAAAAAUCUAAAAAAAUGUGCAGCUUCUUACAAAAUUCGUUACAGCUUUCAAAGUUCUUGUGGUCCCAGAAUUCCUUUUUGCACAGAGGGUGAGUGACACUUGUGACAAUUUUCAAAAUACCAGAUACUGCUUUUCUCUGCAGUUAGUUUCCAAUGUUCGUAACAUGUGACCACUUACAGCUCUGUCGCUUUAUAAAUUGUGAGGUAUAUUUUUAUAUCGUUUGAAAGAACAUUUUAUAUGAUUUAUAGCGAAUAGUAGAUCGUUUCUCUAAUUGUAUUAUAAAUGGAUAAUUAUAGAAAAACAUCAUGCAUGUACACCGUGUACAACAAAAUCAAACUCUUGACAUAUUCAAAGUCCAGUACCGGAAGUGAUGUAAGCGUGCAGCUGGUAUCGUAAUUCUUGGAAAAUAUGAUCUUAUAUUUUUCUGUACCUUCCAUUAACUAAUCUGAUUUAUGCCAGACAUCUGUUAAAAAAAGGCUACCUGAACAAUGUGUCUGCCUAAUUUGAAGAAAAACAUGAAUUAAUGUUAAUGACUUUAUUGAGUCUUCUGAAAGCAAAACAGAGGUGAAAGUCGCACUUUGGUUGGCUGCCCGUGUGUUCUUGUAGAGCAGUUGGAAUGGUAGGGAACUGACGUUAAUGCAGGUUCUGUCUUCAAAUCUGACUAUAGACAAAUGAUUUUAUUUGCAGGUACAUACACUUGAUAAUUGUUUUUGUUUCACAAAGUGUACUAAUGACUUGUAAAAAAUACUAAUUGUUAUGUUAGCCCUUAAAGUGCUGUUUUAUGGUAUGUUUUAACAUUUUAAUUAAUAUUUAUAUUUUAUUAAUUGGAACAUAUAUUAUGAUAUUAUGACACUGAAGUUCUGAUUAUGUCAUACUUUGAUAUUAGCUUCUUAAGGGGGACCUUGGUCUAUGGUGUUGGUAAAUCUAUGUUGGACAGAGGGCCGGUUGUCAGUUAUGUGUAAUUCUGGAUGUGUUGUGAGAACUGAAGACAAUAAAUAUAUAGCUGCUAUCUCUGCAGUAUGUUUAGCAGUAAGUGUCUUCCUAAAAGCUUUGGAUGGCUAUGUGAUGAUUUUUGCCACUUCAUGAUUAUUUAGCAGGUCAAGGUGCAUUACAUUUAAUAGUCUCAUUUUAACCAUGUUUACUUGUGUAGUCGUUAUUGUAUAUCUUUGAGAGGCAUUCCAGUCUUGCAGGUGACAUCAGAUAUCACUGAACUUGGUAGCUGAAUUUUUUUCCAGUGAUGAUAAUAAGUGGUCCUCUAUGAAUAUCGUACAUUUUACGCAUCAUAUUCAGAUCAUCAUGCUCAUUCAUAAAUGCUGCAUUUCCAUUUCAGAUCCUUACCUACAGAUUAUUUUGAUUUAUGUGUGCCUGUGAUGUUCUUUACAGGUAGUAGAUAUCACAAUCAUCUGUUGAUCCAUCUAUGGAAGUAUUCUACAGAACAUUUUUAACAGACUAAUGCUUUGCAUGAAUUACCUGAAGUUGUUCCUCAAUUAAUACACUUUUGUAUGCAGAUGACAUGAUACCUAUAUCAGACUCAGAAGGUUGUUUAUGGAGAUCAUUAUGUAAUUUACUCAACACUACAAAAUUGGCUGGAAUAAAAAUAAAGUGAUGACAUUUAAAGGACAGGUUAAAUCUUAAGCAUAAUUAUAAUAGAUAAUACUGUCUUGGAACAAGUAGUUGCAUGAGGAGGGAGGGUACAGUUCAGGAGACCUUGGUAUAGAUGGGGGGGGUGGUAUUAAGAUGGGAGAUAGGGCAUUAGGGUGUGGAUUGAAGUCACCUGGCUGAGGUUGGGACUAGUGGUAGGCUCUUUUGAACAUGGUAAUAAACUCGAUAAAAUGUGUGGAAUUUCUUGACUAGUUGAUUAUACUGUCCACUUCUUAAGAAGGGCUCUGCUGCUUGUUGUUAGUAAUUUAGUGCUGGAGCAAGUAAAUACAUUCACAUAUUUGGGAUGUAACAUUUUAUACAAACCAUUAAUUUAAAAAAGACAUUUAUUAAAAUGUUGUCAAUUGUGAAUAUUAUUAGGCAACCAAAUUUUGUUUGAAGACAGUCUUGUUUGGAAUUAUAUAAUAGGCCUAUUUUAACUAUCCCACCACUUUCAUCAGGACAUGAAACAAAUAUAUAUAUAUGUGUGUGUGUGUGUGAAUAUGAAAGACAGAAGAGAUGUAAUUCAUGAAAAACACAGUAGGAUGCAUCAUACCAAAAAUUAAGAUAUUUUAGAAUUGAACAUGAACCCAGUUAAAAGUAAAUUAGCAUAGCAUUAGAUCAUGUUAAAGGAUGAAAGAUAGACACCCAGAACAACUUCUUAAUAGAUUCCUCUAAAGGUGAAGACCUGGACAUCAUUAAAGGGACUACUACUAGAUAAAUAAAACCUUGAGGCCGAAACAGCCCAUUUAUUGACCUAAUUUUGUGAUAGGAGGAAGACUGCAAAGAAGAAUUAAUAAUCUCAAUACUUGAAUAUUGGUUUUUAUAUAUUUUUUAUUUAUCUUCCUCCUUAAGAAGAAUCACUGUUGGUCUUACUGACUAGCAUUGCAGAACAAGGUUACUAGAGUUUGAUUGGCAUUACUUAUGAUUCUUCACUAAACCAUCGUAAGGUCAAACAAAUAUGUAGAGCUUUCAGUUUCAAUCAGGGUUUCCACAAUAAUGUGUUUCAGGCAGUAGGGCUUUCUGAACAAAAACAGUGUGGAAAACACAGGAGUACAAGAACAAAAAUAUUUUCAAGCAAAUGAAGAAUUGGGAAAAUCCAUGCAAUAAAAGUUUCUUUGCUUAGUGUUGGGAUUGGAGGAUGGAGAUCACAGAAGCUCCAUUCUAGCUGAGUUACUUUUUGGAUGUAGGAUGCCAUCAUCAUCAUGAGCGACGGGACCAUAAAGCAAGUUAAAGUUGACAACUGGGGAAUAUUCUUCCUCCAGAGACUUCAGCAGCUGUUUUCAAAGAGUGAACACUGUGAUCUUAUUUUGCUUUUCAGUACAAAUGAAAGAAUUAAGGUUCACAGACUUGUCCUCAAUGCAUGUACAGAAUAUUUCCAGAUGUUGGAGAAACAAGGCUGUGCCACUGGGGACUGCUUGCAAAUGCCAGAUGAUAUGCAAGCAGAUGUGGUACUGCCAAUUAUCAAUUUCAUGUACACUGGGAAAUUGGAAUUCCGCACAGAACUUCACAGACGUCUGUACACAACAGCCCAGCAGAUGAAUAUGACUGUGUUGACCAAACUUUUGGAUGCACAGAAUUCAGCAUUAUCUCCCCAAGCAAGGCCUGUUGUUAGGAGGCCAUCUCAAGUUCCCAUCACUUAUAAUUUGCAAGGAAAGAAGAUUGCACCAAAACAGAUUGACCCAGACCUUCCAGAAACAUUACCUGGUCGCAAGUUACCCAUAUGGAAGAGACGUAAUGUUCCAUCAAAUUCUUCAACAUUUUUUGAAGAUUCUUCCAUUAGUGAUUGUGAUGGUUUCAGCAGGUUUUCAACAGUAGUAGAUGAAUCACCACGCCCAACUCGCUUUGAUUGGCCAGAAGAGAAUAUGGACACACAACCAUAUAGCAGCUCGUUUGACGAUUUGUCAUAUGAGACUAAACCACUUGUGAAAUCUGUCAUACAAACUGUCAACAAGCCUCCUGUUCCUCGAGUUGACACUACUCACAGAAUUGCCACCUUUGAGGAAGUGUGUCGUACAGCUAGCAACAUGAAGCGCAUGCCGAGUAGUCCAACAGUUCAUGAUGAAGCAGCAGUCAAAAAAGCCAAAAUGUUAGAUCUCCAGGCAGUGAAAGAGUAUGUUGAAGAGCACAGGCUGCGGAAGGACUUGUUGGAUACAUCAGAUGAAAAUAGUGAAGAGGUUGAUGAUGACCUGGCAGUAGCUGACCUUGAUGAUGAUGAUGACAUGGAGGAUGAUGAUGGUGCACUAUCAUUUGAAGGAAUAUCUGAACAACAAACCACCUUACAACAAGAACAGACACUGUCACAACCACAACCACACUCAACAUCAACACCAGCAUCUCCACAUGUAUCUCCAGUAACACCAUCCCAGCCAAUACAACAGCUAAUCUUGCCACCUCAGAAAUCAAUCUUGAAAUCACACGGUUCUCAUGAGGAGUCAAUUCCUUCUACACCUGUCUCGGUAGCAUCAAAGAAGGUUCGCUUUCUGUUGGAUGCAAAAUCACCUGAAGGAAAAGAGAACGCAGCUGCUGCAGCCAGUGCUUCUAAAAUACGUCGCUCUGAUGAUGGGCAACGACCAUUACCUACACGUGCUGAUAGUAAUAUAGCAUCUAUCGGAGGAACUGUUUCCAACGCAGGAAACCUGUCCAACCAUGCAAAAAUAAUUACUGAAGUAUUGAAGAAGUACCCUCACCUGGUGAAGAACAACAAAAAUAUCAGGCUGAAAAUUAUGCAGCGUGGUGGAGCUCAGGUCACUCCAGUGGUACCCAUGGAUGGAGAUGCAAGCAAGAUGGUGAAGUCAAAAGUAUCAUAUGUAGUCCUAAAAUCAGACGUGGCAGGCAAAGGCAAACCAGCUGUAAUCCUCAAACAUGGAGGUCAUGUGGAGCCACUGUCAGAGCUUGGAGGACAGAAACCUGCAUCAGGAGCUGAGAACACAACAGGACCAUGGUUGUGCCAUUCAUGUGGUUCAAAUGAAGAACCCAUUCACUUUGAAACAUAUUAUUUAUACAGGCGUCAUCUCCAGGAUGUGCACAUGGAGAAGAUUGAUGCUCGGAUAUGCGAGCACUGUGGCCAUCGUGCCAGCAAGCGCAAUCUUUUACUGUACCAUCUGUAUACAAAACAUGGUGUCCCUCCUCCACGAAACUGUCAGUUUCCUAAAUGUGAUCAGUGUGACUAUGUAGCGCUUAGUGAGAGUCUUCUCAUCAAACACCGUAACAAUCACUCUAAUAACAAAGAAUUUGUUUGCAAAGUGUGUAAUGCUGCUUUCAAGAGCAAUGGAGCAUUACAAGGCCACAUGCAAACUAACCUUCAUUCAGAUCCAGCAAAGAAACUAUAUGAAUGUCCAUUUUGCCAGAAACCAUUUGUACGCAACAUAAAUCUCAAGGCACAUAUUCGCACCAGCCAUAAAGAGGUAAUUCGUAAAAUGGACGAAGAAGAAAAGCUUCAUAUGGUAGCUAAGCGUAAACAGUUUGCAAACCUGCAGAACUUUGAAGAUGGAGAAGAAGCUCAUUCCUCAGAUGCUUUAGGGGAAGAUGGUCUCAAUGCAGAUGAAGAGGAGGAAGGGGAGGUGGUAGAGGUACCUGUAAUUGAAGCUAUUGUGCAGAAACCAGGUACUGGUACAGUGAUGCUUCCAUCAGGUGUUACUGUCCUGGCUGAAGGCCCUUCAGUCCAGUCACUGGUUCCUUCAUCAGAAGCAGAAGCUUUGAGCAAUGUUGCAAGUGGCAUUGCAGCAUCUCUUGGACUUGCAGACACACUAACAGGAGAACAGACAGUGAUAGUAUUGGAUGAUAACCAGGAAUUUAUUUUGCAUUCCACUGAAAUUGUAGGAGAAGAAACAACUUCAACAGAUGGAAAGGAUGAGAUAGACAUAAGUGGUGUAGGAACAGGAGAAUUACAGGAAUACAUCGUGCCAGAGAUAAUGCCUGAUGAGGGACAGGAACAGCAGGAUCAGUCGUACACUGGUCCUCUAUCAGAUCUAGAACAUUACUCUGGAGAAGCAAAUGCAGCCAUAGUAGUUCCAUCACACCAGACAGCAACUGCACCACCUCCAGUCAGUGUAGCUGUAUCUGUUGUAGGUGGUGAUGAGGUAACGAUGGUUCUGACUGAUCAUGAUUAUGCCCCAAUGAGAGACAGCAAUGGUGAAGGCGUUAUGUUCCUUAUAACACAACCCACACAGCAGACUCAGGAACAUGAUGCCAAAUGUACUGUUAGUGAACCAGAAUUGCCUGUGCUAGAAAAGGAGCUACCACCACCUGAACUCAUCGCAGAAUCAACCUGCGUUCUUCCGACAGAAAUCAAAUACAGCAAUAUCCCGCCUGUUCUGACGAGAGAAAAUAUAAUUCCUCAAGAUGGAACUGACACUGUGUUGUCACUUGAUGAAGAGAUUAUUAAUGACAGUAUAGACUCAGAAAGAAAUACAAGUGAUGUUGUGAUAAUUGAAGAAAUACCACCUACUGAAGAAAGUAUUCAGAAAUUAACAGAAGGAUCAGAUAAUCAAGAUACACAAGUGGAACAUGUGGAAGGAUUGGAUAGAAGUGAAGGUGACAAAGAAGAAAUGACAACUGAUGAGAGUAACCAAGAAGUAGAAGUGUUAGUAACAGGUAGUGUAGAAGAUGUGCAGUUGAAAGAAACCUCUACAACAAAAGAUAUAAUUCAGGAGCAGAAGGAACAGGACGAAGUAGUUGAAGAAGAAGUUGAAGAUGAUGACAUUAAUGAUAAAGAUGAGACAAAGCAAGCAUCAACCGUGAAAACCUAUUCUCCCAUCAAAAAGCCAGUUGCCAGUAAUGUACCAAUAAGAAGACAGCCACCUGUUCAGAUGGCAGAUAUUAUGAAAGAAUGGGAUGAUCUUGAUGAUGAUGAUAAUGCUGUUGAAAAUCAUUCUUCAGAACCACUUCAUCAGUCAGAGUCUGAAAUAAAACCAGUUGCCUCUGAGGAAGAGCCAAAAGUAUUGCGAGGUCCUGUGAGUGAGGAGCAGUGAGUGCGGUUAAGUUGUUAUCACUAAUCAAACUGAACUUCAUAGCAGAUUGGGAUAAUAUUUCAUACAUUGAUUAAUUGUGACUGUGAGUAAUAUAUGUAGUAUUUGGUUAUAGAAUGACUAAAGUUGUGCAGAUAUUCACAUGCUUCACUGCAUUUUAUUAUAUCAGUAUGCCACAUGCAAGUCAACUUGUCUUUAGAAGCUGAUCAUUGGUAUGGGAUUAUCUCCUUGAAAUUGAAAUAUAGUGGAAGUAUAUUGUGAGUGA